GGCGGCCGUGAGCCCGUGAGGGUCACCCACCCAAGUGAAUGGGACUUGUAGGCGUAGCUCCCAUCAGGCUCUUCAGCCCGGGUCACCUUCCCUCCGCUCAGAACACCAGUAACAUUCAUCCCCCUUCCUCCCCGUCGCUCUCCGACGCCGCUCCCUUGUCUUUCCAACGUCACAUCCCGAUCCGCCCGUCGCGGCCCCCAGAUCUCUCUCUGCUUUAGCGCAACUCGCGCUCCGGUGCGCGUCCACUCAUCGCGAUCGCCUGCUCGACCGAUCGAUAGCUCAAGCACGACGAGAGGAGAGCUACCUAUCGCAGUUGCGCGUCUUCCUUCUUGCUCACUCUCAGUCUCUUGCUCGCUCGCCAGCUCUUUCCCACUUGCAUGGAUCCCUCCGGGCCUGGCCCGUCGUCGGUCGUGGGGGCAGGAGGCGGCGAGGCACCGGCCGUGGCGCCGCAGCGGCCGGCGCAGCUGAGUAGGUACGAGUCGCAGAAGCGGAGGGACUGGAACACGUUCCUGCAGUACCUGCGGAACCACCGGCCGCCGCUGACGCUGGCGCGGUGCAGCGGCGCGCACGUGAUCGAGUUCCUGAGGUACCUGGACCAGUUCGGCAAGACCAAGGUGCACGCCGCCGGGUGCGCCUACUACGGCCAGCCCGCGCCUCCGGGGCCCUGCCCGUGCCCGCUGCGGCAGGCGUGGGGGUCGCUCGACGCGCUCAUCGGCCGCCUGCGCGCGGCGUACGAGGAGAGCGGCGGGACGCCCGAGUCCAACCCCUUCGCCGCGCGCGCUGUGCGGAUCUACCUGCGCGAAGUGCGCGACUCGCAGGCCAAGGCGCGCGGCAUCCCCUACGAGAAGAAGAAGCGCAAACGCACGCAGCAGGCGGCCGCGGAGGCUUCGACGAGCUCGUCAGCUGCUGCUGCUGCCGGCGGGAGCGGGAGCGGGAGCGGCAGGGCUGCUGCUGCUUCGUCCGCCGCUCAGGCUGGAGGGAGUAGCGCUGCACCGAGCACCACUUGAGAUCGAGUACAGUAGACCUGCAGAUCUUGUUUAAUUAUCGUCUCCGCAUCGCAAGAUUUGAGCUUUCAUUCUACUUUUGCUCCACAUAUGCUGCUUGCUUCUUUCUUUCUCUCGGCAGUUUCAUCCUUUUUUUGUAACGUGUUUCUGAAUCUUUUUUCCUUUCCGAUUUAUUAGCUAGGUCAGUAUAUGACUAGCUAGAGAGUUCGUAGUAGCAGCCGAAGGGGGGUGAAUGGGCUGAUUAAUCAGUGUGACUAUGUGUUCAUGAUCUGAUACGCAUAUGUGUAUAUAUAUAUCCUUGGUAAAGCAAGCUAGGACGAUUUGAGGCA